AUGAUAAUCCAAAAGGUUAGCUAUACCAUAUCUGCAAACAUAUGUUGUCCAGCUGCUGUACAGAAAAAUUUAUGCUUGUCCCACAUCGACUUAGAAGAAGAGGCGGCAGCUCGUUUGACAUUGCAGCCCUUAAGAACCCAUACACAGAUCCCCCAUCAGAUAUAUCUUAUCCCAAUGAUGGUCGAUAAUUACCCUUACUAUGUCCUUAUUAUGAACCCAAACGCCGGUUAUAAAUCACUUGAUAUUGUUGUGACCGAGACUGGAUGGCCUUUAGCUGGCGGAAUUACUGCCAGUGUCGAGAAUCAGAUUCAAAAUGUCAAGAACGUUUGUCCAAAUAGGCCUAACAAGCCUAUUGAGACUUAUUUGUAUUCCAUGUUUGAUGAAGAUGUUCAGGGUGCAGCUGCGAUUGAGAGGCAUUUUGGUUUGUUUACCCCUAUGAAAGAACUGAAGUUCGAGCUUAACUCUUAA